AAAAAUACUUACCUGCUUGGGUCACUUGGCAUUCAGACCCCAUUUUCCAAAAGUGGUUUAUCAUUCGCGGUUUUGGUGUUGUAAGCUCGUGUUUCGUACCAGUUGUUGUAGGGGCGGAGAUCGUAAAAAACAUCCAAUACUCCAACGCUAACAAUCUAUUUUCAGUUUUUGAGUUUCAUUGUUCAAUUUUAACGACUUUAAUCUAUAAUCUCUAAAGCAUAUGCGAAGAAAUACAUCUAAAAUCAUCUCUUGAAAGCCCUAGUGAAUAACUUGUCAUGGGAAGCAAAGGCCGCAUACCACCUCCUCAUCUAAGGCGCCCUCAUCCAGGUCCUGGCAUGAUGCAUCCUGAUCAAUUCGGUCCUGGAAUGAUGCAUCCCGAUCAUUUUGGUCCUGGCAUUCACCCUCCACCAGGUGGCUUCCCUCUUUUUGAUAUGAUGCCUCCUCCAGAAAUUAUGGAGCAAAAGCUUGCCACACAACAUGGCGAGAUGCAAAGACUUGCUAAUGAGAACCAGCGACUUGCGGCGACUCACGUGUCUUUGAGACAAGAGCUCGCAGCUGCACAACAAGAGUUGCAGAGAUUGCAGAGUCAAAUAGGUGCAGUAAAAAAUGAGAAGGAGCAUCGUAUGAGGGACCUUUUGGACAAGAUAGCUAGGAUGGAAGUCGAUCUACAAGCCGCAGAACCUGUUAAAGUGGAGCUUCAGAAGGCUCGAGCUGAUGCUCAGAACUUAAUAGCAUCCAGGCAAGAGUUGAUCUCUAAGGUUCAACAACUAACUCAGGAUCUCCAGAGGACCCAUCAGGACGUACAGCAGAUUCCAGCUUUGAUGUCAGAACUUGAUGGCAUCAGACAGGAAUAUCAGCAUUGUAGGGCUACUUAUGACUAUGAAAAGAAGCUAUACAACGACCACCUUGAGUCACUUCAAGUGAUGGAAAAGAACUAUGUUUCCAUGGCAAGGGAGGUUGAGAAACUUAGAGCAGAGUUGGCUAAUAAUGUUAAUCUUGAGAGAGUAGCUGGUCCACCACAUACUGGUGCUGCUUCCGGAUAUAAGGAGAAUGAUACGGCUGGACAAAAUGCCUAUGAAGAUGGUUAUAGUAUUGCUCAGGGACGUAUUCCCCCUACAGGUGCUGGUGUUCCUUACAGUGGAGGUGCAGUGGCAGCGUCUCCUUACAGUGGAGGUGCAUCAGCAGCUGCUUCUCCUUAUGGGGGAGGUGCAGUCACAGCUGGACGGACUGGAUAUGAUGCACCACAGGGAGUGCAAGGUUAUGAUCCGUCUAGAGUAGCUGGAUAUGACCCAUGCAAUGUAGGAAUAGGCGGUUAUGUUCCACAACCCAGAGCCCCUUCUUCCUAUGAUUCAUCCUCAGCUAGAGGUUCUGCUGUACGACCACCAUUACCUCAAGAGCAGCAGGUGGUAGCACAGGGAAGCAGUGUAGUAUCACCUUACGGAUUGGCUACUCCACCUACUCGUGCUGUUGGAGGAGGCGGGUAUGAGCCGCAGAUUCAGAUGCAGCAGCAACAGCCUCCUAGAGGUGGAAACCAAUCUCGAAGGUGAGAGUCAAGCUGUUAGCGCUACUGUCCUGCCAUGUUGGAUUGAGAGUUAUAUCUUAUCAUGCUGAAAUCUCACUCAUUCUCUCUCAAUGCUGCUAGUUUGUAUUUCUUGACGCAAUAUUUGUUACCGGGUGAUGUAGCCGUGUAGGCUGCAGAGAAUGAAACCAAAGUGAUACAUGAUUCUUGUAAGUUACAGAAGUUGAACUGAGAUGUAGAAUCCGGAUCCUGAUAUGUGCUGGUGUAAGUGUUGCAUUAUACCUUCAGAAAGAAACAAGAACAACUGGGAAUGAGAACAGACAAAUGGGUCUUUGAAUUUGC